UGUAAAUUUAGUAUUCCUAUAACAUUAUUUCGGCUAUCAAGAUCCACAAUUCUCAACAGAACAAAAUUGUUUCGAUUUACUCUUUCGCGACUUCUCUCGAUGCUCUUUGAACUGGAAUUGAUCAACUGGAAUAGAGUCAAGCCGUAACGGUAAGAGACGCACAGAUAAACGCGGAUAUUCGAACAAACAAAGACAUAUGAAUUUUAACCUAACAGAUAUGUCUAAGAAUCACUAUGUUUUGAACAACUUUUUCCUAUACACGUAACUGUCGGUCGUCCAUAGUUUCCGAGAUAUCUGCAAAACGUUAUCGAUACCAUAACAGUGAAUUCUGCCCAUAAUUGUGCGUCCGCAACGGCGUAUACGUUAAUAUUGGUUACCUCGGUUACCUUACAGCGGACGGAUAUAAUGACAAUGAUCCAACCGAAACCUAGUUCUUAUCUUUCGUUUAUAUAACAUGUAUAAACGAGAAUUCAAUAUAAAGAUUCGUGCACAACUACAUAUGCGAAGCUGUAAGAAAUAUCUAUUCUAUCGCGAUUAAAAAUGAAUAUCAUCAAUGUAUUGGGUUUGGUUUCGAGUUAACGUUAUCAAUCCGCUUGCGCGAAGUAGUAACGGUCCUUCUAUUUCAUCGAAUAAUAUCGAUUAUUCUUCCGCCUAUCAUUUGUAUAAUUAAUUUGUUCUUAUGUUACGCAAGCGUUGCCAGCCGCUUUGCGGUGGCAGGGUUGAACGCAAUAACCCAAGGCCAAACGCAAUAUUUUCUUACAGCUUCGCAUAUGCAGUUGUGCACGGGGCAUUUAAGCUCGCCCAAUUCUCGUUUAUACAUACUACAAACAGAAGGUAAGAGAUAGAUUUGAGUUGAUUUUGAGCGAUCAAUACUGACCCAUAGGCUGUCACAGACGCAAAGUGUAUUUGUGAUUUUCGAAGAAUAAAGUCAACUUCUUGCAUUAAAUACGUAUUCAAUUAUGUAAUAAUAAUUAUAUAAUUAUUUAAGAAGCUUAAAUUUUCGUGAGUAAAAAGAAAAGGAAAUGUAAGAAAAUGUGAAGUUCGAACGCCUGGAACAUCUCUGUCUCGACCGUGGGAAGGGCAGAGAAAGCGUCAACAUUUGAGGCUGCCAAAAAUUAGGUCCCUAGGUUUUGCGACUGCGUUGUCUAGUAUAUUCGAGUAUACUUUGCGCAAUCAUCGAUGAUGUGGGCGAAUGUCGAGACGAAACUACGCGAGUUCGGCAUUUCCAAGUCUACAGAACAUGCUGUAAACGUGACUAACCUCAACUCGCUUGUAAUAUUUUUUUUAUAGUUUAUUUAUUGAAUAAUUCGGGAUACCGCAAAAAUUGAUCUGCUACUAUGUCAAAUUAUUAACGUGCCAGAAUAACCUAUAAAGAUCUUGAAUGACUCGAUUCCUGUAAAAAAAUGCUAGCUCCGUGUCAAGAUAUCAUUGAAGAUAUAGAAGAUUUAAUAUCAUCGCAAGAUAUUACACCAAAGGAACGAUAUAAUGCAAGGAAAAAUGUUACUGUUCGUUCUAAACGUAAACAAGUAACUGAAGAUGUACCAGAACCUCCUAUUUUCGAUAGUAUUGUGCCAGGGACACAGACAAUUUAUACAAAGACAUGGGGUUGUACUCAUAAUAAUUCUGACAGUGAAUAUAUGGCAGGUCAACUUGCUGCUUAUGGUUACAAAUUAACGGAAAAUAAAUAUGAAGCAGAUCUGUGGCUCUUAAACUCUUGUACAGUAAAAAAUCCAGCAGAGGAUCAUUUCAGGAAUGAAAUCGAAGCUGGAAGAAAGAUGGGAAAACAUGUUGUAGUUGCCGGAUGCGUACCACAAGGUGCACCGAAGUCAUCUUUCUUACAAGGAUUAAGCAUGAUCGGCGUGCAACAAAUCGAUCGUGUGGUAGAAGUAGUCGAAGAAACUCUGAAAGGAAAUACCGUUCGGUUCCUGCAACAGAAAAAGGAAGGUGGUAAAAAGAUCGGCGGCGCCUCUUUAAGAUUGCCUAAGAUUCGUAGGAAUCCACUGAUCGAAAUCAUAGCUAUAAAUACUGGGUGUUUAAAUCAAUGUACUUACUGCAAAACAAAACAUGCGAGAGGUGAACUGGGAAGUUAUCCUCCGGAUGAAAUUGUUGAGCGUGCGAUACAGGCGUUCGACGAAGGCGUCUGCGAGUUAUGGUUAACCUCUGAAGACACAGGAACUUAUGGUAGAGAUAUUGGCACGAGUUUGCCCGAAUUACUGUGGACACUCGUGAAAGUGGUGCCCGAUGGAUGUAGGAUUCGCGUUGGAAUGACUAACCCACCAUAUAUCCUGGAGCAUCUGGAAGAGAUGAGCAAAAUUCUGAGCCAUCCAAAAGUCUACAGUUUUCUUCACAUUCCGGUGCAAUCUGGAAGCGAUCAGGUGUUAGCCGAUAUGAAGCGAGAGUAUACCCGUGCCGAUUUCGAGCGAGUUGUCAACUUUCUACGAGAACGUGUACCUGAGUUAACUAUAGCGACGGAUAUCAUUUGCGGUUUCCCAACAGAAACGGAACAAGAUUUUGAAGAGACGAUGAAACUUUGCGAAAAGUAUAAGUUCCCGAGUUUGUUUGUCAAUCAGUUUUUUCCCAGGCCGGGAACGCCGGCUGCUCGAAUGACGAAAAUACCUACGCAAAUUGUGAAAAACAGAACCAAAAGGUUAUCAGAAUUUUUUCAAUCUUAUUCUCCGUAUUUUGAGAGAAUAGGACUCGUUCAAGAUGUGCUAGUGACAGAAAUAUCCCAUGAUAGAAAGCACUACGUCGGACAUAAUAAAUCUUAUGAACAGGUUCUCCUACCGUUAAAGAAAGAAUAUUUAGGAAAAAUAGUUACAGUAAAGAUUGUAGAAACGACAAAAUAUUGUAUGAAGGGGGAACCAAUAAUAGAAGGUACGUCCCCGGCGUUAAAACCAUGUUUACCAAAAGGAGCUAUAUCAGGAAUACCAAUGGAAAUGAAAUCAUCAAAAUAUAGAAUAGGAGUUGCCCUGGCAAUUCUUCUAGCAAUCAUUCUAAAGCUAUUAUGGAAGUUUUUUAUGAUUUAGCAAGUCCCUUGUUCUUAAAUUCUUUAAUCCGGAAUCUAUAAGAGAGAUUGUUACUAUUGAUUCAGGCGUUAAUACCAGGGACGGACUGGAACUUGAAUUAUUCUACCGGAAGAUGACUGACUGACUGACUGACUGACUGGCUGGCUGGCUCUUCAUUUUUAGUUCAUUAGUUAAAUUCUACGUAGGGCUGCGUCAAAUCCCACAAAUCCCUACCGAUCCACCGGUAAUUUUCCGAAACUACGCGAUGCCACGUGGGUCAGUCCGCAUCUAAAAUUGAUAGUUGUAUCGACAAAUCUGUUUAAGUUUUAGAAAAUACACCAACAAAUCUUUAUAUUAACAAACAUUUUAAAACCAACAAUUAAAAUUUGUAAUCUGUUGACUCCAUAAGAAGCUAAUGAAUAAAUAAAUACUGCUUCUAGUCGUUAGUUUCCCAUUGAUUUGUACGGCAUAGUAACAUUUUGUGUAUUACUGUAUUACUACGUUACUAUUUACAAAUUGAUCAAGAGCUGUCCGGUGCACCGUACAUUUUAUUGUAGAUUUUCUACAUUUUCCUAUGUACAUCAUGAUUCAACACAGUUCAAGUCCAAUAAAUCGAGGUAACGAA